AAUAUCCUCGAUGAAAAUAUCCGCGAUUACAUAGGCGAUAUUGCCAGGAAGAUUAAAAUGAUAUCGCUCCAUGGUAUCGGUAACAUUAAAUCUUCUCAUUGUGGAAUUAAUUUUGUGUUUCUAAAUGCAAACGUUUAGCACACCCGCAAAUUAGUUAUACGUAUAAGAAUAGAUACAUUGUUGAUUCAUUUUUUUAUACUCAAUCCUUGAUUGUGGUCUCAACAAAGUAUCUUUUAAAUUUUCUUCGGCUUUCACUUGUCACAUAUUCUAUCUUUUCUGCAGACGAAGAUAUCGACGUUCACCUCUUCUAUAUCCUCUCCGAUAUUGUCGGGAUUAUUGAAAUGAUCUCGCUCCAUGAAAUCGAUUUCAUUUGUUACAAAUUCAAUCUCUCUUGCGGAAUAGGGACCAAACGUUACCAAGAUGCGAUGCACUGUCUCUUUGGCAUUGUGUUUGCAUUCAUGGUUGUGAAAUUCAUCUUGGGAGCCCCAUGCGUGAUGAUGUUGCUAAUACGCAAAUGGAGGAGAAGACACUUAGCAAUGGAUCAAAACGUUGAGGAUUUUUUGCAAUCUAAUAACAACUUCUUGCCGAUAAGGUAUCGUUACUCAGACAUCAAGAAGAUCACGGGCGGCCAUAAGGUCAAACUAGGCAAGGGAGGGUAUGGUUCUAUGUUUAAAGGAAAACUCCGGAGCGGCGGCGAGGUGGCAAUCAAGAUUCUGAAGAAGGGGAAAGCGAAUGGGCAGGACUUCAUUAGCGAAGUGGCCACCAUCGGAAGAAUUCAUCAUGUUAAUGUGGUCGAACUCAUCGGCUUUUGCUUCGAGGGCUCGAAACAAGCUCUUGUCUACGAUUUCAUGCACAAUGGAUCUUUGGAUAAGCACAUUUUCUCACGAGGAGAGGGGACUUCUCGUGAUGGCAAGGAAGUGUACGAGAUUGCUCUCGGAGUGGCUAGAGGGAUCGAGUAUCUUCAUCGAGAAUGCGACGUGCAAAUUCUACACUUUGAUAUUAAGCCUCAUAACAUUCUUCUCGAUAGGGAUUUUACUCCAAAAGUUUCCGACUUUGGGCUCGCAAGAUUGUAUUCCCCGGACCACAACACCGUGUCUCUAACUACUGCAAGAGGAACCUUGGGAUACAUGGCUCCGGAGCUGGUCUACAAGAACAUUGGGGGAAUCUCUAACAAAGCCGAUGUCUAUAGUUUCGGCAAAUUGUUGAUGGAAAUGGCUAGUGGGAGGAAGAAUGCGGACGAGGUUACAGAGUGUUCCGGUUAUACUUACUUUCCUUUAUGGGUUCAUGACCAACUAAGUGAAGGAUUGGACGUUCCAGUGGAAGAAAUAAGCGAGGAGGAUAAGAGAAUAGUAAAGAAGAUGAUGAUAGUUGCUCUUUGGUGCAUACAAUUGAAUCCUAGCGAACGGCCUUCGAUGCACAAAGUCUUGCAAAUGCUCGAAGGAGAAGUAGAUGAUCUACAAAUACCUCCCAAGCCACUCUUUUAUCCAACAGAAAUAUCAACAAGGGAAGAUGGAACUUGGACUAACAAUGACAAAGAUACAAUUUCCACUUCAUCGACUAGUGAAAUAACUUAUGAAGAUUAUCAUUUUGAGCAUACUAGCACUAGUAUUACACAGGUCUAGUCACAUAUCAAAACCAGUGAUCCCGUCACAUUUGUGGCAAAUUGAAACGUGGUAUUGGUGUUGUUUCAUGGGUAGCUUCCCUUUCUUGUCUUGGCCAUCAUCAUAUUGUAGAUAUGUAUGACUAUAUUUAUGGAUCUUAAUUACGCCGGUAUCAUCCUUUAGCAUCAUCAAUUAAAGAUGUUCAUUAGUUAUAAUGUGGACUUUCCAAUCCAAUAGAAAAUCUAGUGACGACUUUCACCAUAGUGUUAUGAGGUGCGAGUUUGAGUUCCGAAGUCUUUGCUUAAAAUUCCAGCUAGCACACAACCCGCUUUACGCGUGGCUUCACAGCGGUCCACCGAUCGCUAUGUAUAAGUUGCUUCACGGUGCACCAAUUGCCGUCGUGGU